CACUAAAACCCACUAAAGACCUGGAGUUUUUCAUUCAAAGAUGACGAAGACACUUUCUUUCACUUGCUCUUUUCCAGCUGAGGCCAACUGUUUGCCCGGCGUCUGAUUUCGACCCCGCUGCUGAUGCACAAGCUCUGAGGAAGGCCAUGAAGGGCUUUGGAACAGAUGAAGACACCAUCAUCGAAAUUGUUGCAAAGAGAAGCAACGCCCAGAGGCAGGAGAUUAGACAAGCCUUUAAGUCCUUACUGGGAAGGGAUCUGAUGAAGGACCUGAAAUCUGAACUGUCCAAGAACCUAGAACGGCUGAUCAUCGGCCUCAUGCUGACGCCGGCAGAGUUUGAUGCCAAAAUGAUGAGGAAGGCCAUGGAGGUACAGCUGUUUCUGAGUUGAUACACACACAGUUCACACAGUCUCACGCAUCACACUGUGUGAGAUGUUGAUAACACCUCCGGCCCUCAAAAAUCUGAGUCAUCAGUCUCACAGAAAUGAUAAGAUUACGGUUGCAGUUCGAACGUCAUCAUCGCAGAGCAACACGAACUUUGUUUUUGACUGUCGACUUUGAAUCGUUGAAACACCUGGGGCUGUCUGAAUCAGUUUGGAUCUGAUGAAUCACAGGAUAGCUGUGGAAUCAUGAUUAAUUGUGAUCUUUAAAUCUGUAUAUGGCUGUGU